AUGGCGAUGACGAUGAACAAGGAUUGCGAUGGGGAUGCCGACGAUGAGUUAGGGUUCUUAUUCCUGAGUUUGCAUCUUCGUGGGUUUCUUCAGAUUACUCCAUUUUUGUAUCUGCUGUCUAUGAUGAAUCCCUCGCCGGUGGUACUUCCUAACGAUCUCAUCUCAGAGGUACUUUCCAUUCUUCCAGUUAAAUCUAUUCUUCGUUUUAAGUGUGUCAGUAACCAUUGGAGAACCCUCAUCUCCGAUCAUGCCUUUGUGAAAUUGCAUAUUAAGAGAUCAAAAACACGAAUUCCAUUCUUAACAUUAGUAAUAAUUCAUACAACAGAAAUGUCCUUAGGCGGCAUUCACUCUGAUUGCAGUGUUGUUCCAUACCCUAUACGUAGUUUACUCGAUAACCCCACGUUCACCCUUUUUGAUGAUCCUUACUAUCAUCUAAAAAACAAAGGAUGUGAUCGUAUAGUUGGUUCAUGCAACGGAUUAAUUCUUUUGGCUGGAACCGGUUAUCUUACAAAUUUCAACCAUAUUUCGAAGUCUAAGAAUAUAGAUAACUGGUUCCGUGUUUGGAACCCGGCCACCAUGACAACUUCUAAAAAAUUCGGGUAUUAUCGCGCCUUUGGUGAUUCUCAACGUUACAACUUUGCAUUCGGUUGGGAUAAUUUGAAGGACAGUUAUAAAGUGGUGGCGUACCGUUACAAUCAUCAAUUCAUAUCACAUGUGAGAAUUCUUAAUAUAGAUGAUGAUGUUUGGAGAAAUGUUGAAAGUCUCCCGGCUGUUCCCACUACUAGAAAUACACAAAAAGUUUUCAUGGCCACCGGAACACAAGGUUACGGUGCGACGUAA